AUGGCUAUUGUGGAAGGACGGGGCGUGGCACGCGGAGAAAUAGGAAUGACAAGUUUAGAUUUAAAAUCACCAACUUUAAUUUUAUCCCAGUUUUCUGAUUCUCAGACAUACGUAAAAACGUUAACUAAACUUCAAACUCUUCAACCAUUGGAGAUUAUUGUACCGAACACAACGUUUGAAAAUGGUGAGAAAACGACAUUAUUAAAAUUAAUAACAGAGCAAUACACAACCACGUGUGUAUCUACUGUACAGAGGAAAUACUUUAACGAAACGAAAGGUUUAGAAAUGUUGAAACAUUUGUGUAUAGAUUUUAAAACAAUGGAGAUGGUUUUAUCAUCCAAAUAUUACUGUUUAGCAACGACAGCCGCCAUAUUGAAAUACGUGGAGUUUAUUCAAAAUAUUGUAUAUGCUCCAAACUCGAUACAACUAGUGUUUAGAGGCAGUGAACAUUCUACAAUGAUUGAUCUGUCGACAUCUAGAAACCUGGAACUACUGCAGAAUAUUCGUGACCCAAAAAGUCACCAUACUUUAUUCGGAACUUUAAAUUUUACCAAGACAGCAGGUGGCACAAGAUUGUUGCGAUCUAAUAUACUUCAACCCCCAUCAGAUGUAGAGACUAUCAGAUUAAGACAGGAUGUAGUAUCAGAAUUAACGGAGAAAGAAGAAGUAUUUUACAAUUUACAAUCAACCCUGUCUAAGUUUAUCGAUCUAGAACAUCUAAUAUCAGCCUGUGUACAAAUACCUAAAGUCGAGUCUUUAAAAGUUGCUGAAAAUAAAAUUACUACUGUUAUUUUACUCAAACAUACAUUAGACCUGGUACCACCUUUUGUCGAAUUCCUUAAAGAUUGCGAGAAUGAACUUGUCAAGGCUUACUGUCAGACAUUACAAGAUCGAAGAUACAAAGAGAUGAGAACUAAGAUUAGUACAGUUAUACAUGAUGAUACCAAAUACCAAAAAGGUUCUCUGAACAUGAGAACACAGAAAUGUUUUGCUGUAAAGCCUCACAUUAACGGUUUAUUGGAUGUAGCCAGACGUACUUAUUCUGAAAUUAUAGACGAUAUGGCAGAAUUAAUACAACAAUUAGGAGAAGAGAAUGGUCUACCAUUAAAGAUGGCGUAUUCUACAACUCGUGGGUUUUAUGUUCAGUUAUUCUGUGGUACUAAUGAUCAAUAUACAACCCAUUCUCUUCCUGCUAUCUUUAUUAAAGUAUCAAAAUUUAAAAACACCCUCAGUUUUACAACCACAGAUUUGAUCAAGUUAAAUGAUCGCGUGAAAGAGUCGUUACAAGAAAUAUAUCUUAUGACCAAUGUUGUUGUUACUGAACUGCUGAAAGAUGUUAGACAACAUGUAGGGUGUCUCUAUAAAUUAUCAGAAGCCGUAUCAAUGAUCGAUAUGCUGGUUUCAUUUGCUCAUGCUUGUACUCUUUCAUCUUACGUAAGACCUGUAUUCACAGACACCUUAGCCAUCAAACAAGGAAGACAUCCUAUUUUAGAGAAAAUAGGUUUAAAUGCCCCGAUUCCAAAUAAUACAUAUGCUGCAGAAGACAACAAUUUUAUCGUCAUCACUGGACCAAACAUGAGUGGAAAGUCAACCUACCUGAGACAGGUAGCAUUACUACAGAUAAUGGCUCAGACCGGGUCAUUUGUUCCUGCCCAGUAUGCAUCUUUCCGAUCGGCUGAUCAUAUCUUCUCUAGAAUCGGCAGUGACGAUGAUAUAGAAACAAAUUCUUCUACAUUUAUGGUUGAGAUGAGUAUUUUUAUUAAAUAAACCUACAACAUACCAGCUAAUCAAAUUGGUUAUUAUAUACAGCUUAAACAAGUCCAUGUACCUUACAUUUUAUUAUUGAAGCCAUUGGUGUGCCCUUUACAACCUUAUUAUAAUGUAUUGAUAUAAAAUUGUAUUUGUAUGGCCGUAUAAUCUAUAUACCCGUAUAAUCUCUAGGUCUAUAUACCCGUUUAAUGUCUAAGUCUAUAUACCCGUAUAAUCUCUAGGUCUGUAUACCCCUAUAAUCUAUAGGCCCAUAUGCCCAUAUAAUAAGAAUUCAGUAAAAACAAGCCCCUUUUAUUUUCACGUGAUAGAUAAUGAACCAGAACAGGAUUUCUAACUUUAUACAAAGUCAUUGAUCGAAUAAUUGAUCGUUCAGAA